AUGCCGGAAAAUGAACACACUGAAACCAGGAUCGUUUGGAUACCGGACCAAACAGAGACCUUUGUUCAAGGUGAAAUACUCGAUAAUGGAUCAAUCGACGAAAUUAAUAAAGGCGCAACAACAGAGGUUCGAGUGCUGAACUCAAACGAAAUCAGAACCAUCUCCAUGAAAGAUAUACAACCUGUGAACCCAACCAGCUUCGAAAAGAGCGAUAAUAUGUCCGAAUUGACAUUUUUAAACGAACCGUCAGUACUGUACAACUUGGAGAAUAGAUACAAGGAUGAUUUGAUAUAUACAUAUUCUGGGCUUUUCUUAGUCGCAAUCAACCCUUAUUGCAAUAUCAAAUUAUAUACACCGGAGUUUAUCAACCUUUAUCAUGGUUCGGUCAAAGAAGAGAAUAAACCACAUAUAUUCGCCGUGGCCGAAGAAGCUUAUCAAAACUUAUUAACAGAACGUUUAAAUCAAUCUAUACUGGUCACCGGUGAGUCAGGUGCAGGAAAGACAGAAAACACCAAGAAGAUCUUACAAUAUUUAGCGUCCGUCACGUCAUCAGAUGAUAAGGACACGAUAUCAAACGAUUCUCCUAAUAACUUGGAAAGUUUUGAAAGAAAAAUAUUACAAAGUAAUCCAAUCUUAGAAUCGUUUGGUAAUGCACAGACUGUACGUAAUAAUAAUUCUUCUAGAUUUGGUAAAUUCAUUAAGAUCGAAUUCGAUGAACGAGGGAAAAUUAAUGGUGCUCAUAUCGAAUGGUACCUUUUAGAAAAAUCAAGAGUCAUAAAUCAACAUCCAGAUGAACGAAAUUAUCAUAUUUUUUACGAGUUUUUAAAUAGUACCAGUGAGGCAGAUUUAAAUCGAAAGUAUAGAUUACCAUCAAGCUCCAUAUCAAGUUAUGAAUACUUGGCUCAUUCAAACCAUUCAAUAGCAGGUGUGAAUGAUCAAGCUAAUUUUAGUGAAUUGAUUACAGCUUUCCAAACCGUGGGUUUCGAAGAACAAAAUAUUGAAAAUAUUCUAACAGUGAUUGCUAUUAUCUUACAUAUCGGUAAUAUAAAAUUUACUUCUGAAAAAGCCGAACAAGCAAGCUUCAGUAGUGAUAUUGAAGAUCUUAUAACGUUAUUAGGAGUCGAAAAAUCUGAUUUUGAAACUGCGAUUUUAAGACCAAAAUCAAAAGCAGGUAGAGAAUGGGUCUCGCAGUCUAAGAAUGCUACCCAAGCAAAAUUCAUCUUGAACUCCUUAGCAAGAUCAUUAUAUGAACAUCUGUUCUCAUAUAUCGUCGAUAGAAUAAACCUGUCAUUAGAUCAUGGAUCUAUGACAGUAAACUAUAUCGGUCUGCUUGAUAUUGCCGGUUUUGAAAUCUUUGAACAUAAUUCGUUCGAACAACUGUGUAUUAAUUACACAAAUGAAAAAUUGCAACAAUUUUUUAAUCAUCACAUGUUUGUGUUGGAACAAAGUGAAUAUAUCAAAGAAAAUAUCCAAUGGAAUUAUAUAGAUUAUGGUAAAGAUUUACAAUUUACCAUUGACUUAAUUGAACAAAAGAAGAUUCCCUCUGGGAUUCUCCCUCUGUUGGAUGAAGAAUCUAUCUUACCAAAAUCUACAGAUGAUACAUUUUUUGAAAAAUUGAUUACAAAUUGGGAUCAAAAAUCAGAUAGAUUCAAACGUUCCAAACUUCCAAACUGUUUCGUAUUAAAACAUUACGCAGGCGAUGUCGAAUAUAACAUCGACGGUUGGUUAUCUAAAAAUAAGGACCCUCUAAGUGAAAAUUUAUCAACUGUUCUAUCCAAUGCUGAUAAUAGUUUUAUAUCCAAUUUCUUCUCCAAGAGUGAAAAUGAAUUAGACAUCCCAGGAUCCCCAGUGAAACCUUCUAGAUCUCGAUCUCCUGGUACAUCCUUCAGAACUGCUUCUGCUCGUCAUAGAGAACAACAAAUAUCCUUAUUACAACAAUUGAACACUACACAUCCACAUUUCGUACGUUGUAUUAUCCCAAAUAACAAGAAAAUGGCAAAGAAUUUUGAUAGGAAAUUGAUUUUGGAUCAACUUCGUUGUAAUGGUGUCCUUGAAGGUAUUAGAAUUGCUCGUGAAGGUUAUCCAAAUAGAAUAUUCUUCAAGGAAUUUUAUAAUAGAUAUAAUCUUUUAUCAUCUGAUCAAGAUGACUAUCACAAGAAGGAUCCUAAGAAAAAUUGUGAAAUAUUACUAUCUUCUUUACAUUUUGACCCUAGUCUCUUUAAAGUAGGUAAUACCAAAUUAUUCUUUAAAGCUGGUGUACUAGCUAAAUUGGAAAACAAAAAAGAAGAUAAAAUGAGGAAAAUAUCCAUAUUAUUCAAUGCUCAGAUAAGAGGUAGAUUGAAUAGACAGUCGACUAAAGAUAAACUGAGGAAGAUCACUUCUGCCAGAGUUGUUGGUAACACUUUCGAAACAUAUAACACAUUAAUGCAAGAUCCAUGGUUUAACCUUUUUGUUACUAUCAAGCCACUAUUAUCUUCAACACAGGAUAUUACUAAGACCAAAAAAUUCAGUACUCAAAUAAAAGAAUUAGAAACAAAAAUAGGAGAAACUGAGAAGAUUAAUAACGAACUAUUAACAUCAAAGGUAGAAGCUGAAACACAAUUGGAAGAUAUCAGAAAUCUAUUGAAUGAGGAAAAGAAUAAAUUAGAUUCUAAAGAAAGAGAGUUAGAAAAGAUUCUCAAUGCGAAAACUAAUUUAGAAACUCAAUUAACGGAAGCCAAUAAAUUAAACGAUGACAUUAAUCUUGAAAAGAAGAAUGCUCUUGAGAAAUAUGAAAACUCAAAAACAGAAAUUGAAAAAAUGAAUGAUCUAAUUGGAGAAAGACAGAAGAAAAUUGAAAUUUUGACAUCGAAUGCAGAUGAAAUAUCUAAAACAUUUGAGUCAUUUAAAAUGGAAGUUUCAUCAAAGGAAGAGGAAUUUACGUUGACAAAUCAGGAAAAAGAUGAUUUGCUAACAAAAAUAGAAAAACUAGAAGAACUGAAAGUGAAUAAUGAGAAAGAAAUCAGUAAUUUGAAGAACAAAAUUUCAAACUCAGAAGAAGAUUUAGAUAUAAAAUUGGGUGCCCUCGAAAGGAGUUGUGAAACUGCUAAGAGUAGACUAGAAACUUUAGUAAAUGAAAACAUUGAUUUAAGAUCUCAAAUAAGUUCGGCCAAGAAAGACCAAAUUGCUAAUUCCAAGCAAAUCAAAAAUAAAGAAAAUGAAUUAAAUAGAUUUAAAGACAGAUUGGCUUCAUUCCAAAGCGAAAUAUCCUCAGUUUCAAAACAAAGAGAUGAUGCUUUGCUUGAACAUGAAAAGGUAUUAUCUGAAUUAAAGGAAGCUAGAGAUAAAUUAUCCGAAUUAAAAAUUACUUAUCAAACCCUUGAAAGCAAUUACACAUCACUCAAAGGGAAACAGCAUCAUAUGAGCAAUAGUAACAGUUCAAUUAAGUCAUCUAGCGUAAGAGUGCAAGAUUUGGAAAGUAAACUAUCUGAAGAAAGGUCGCUGAAUCAAUACCUGACCAAACGUUUAUCUGUAAACAAUGAGAAUUUUACAACUGAUGAUAUCCUUUCAGGAACCAACAUGAAAACUAAUGAGUUAAUCCAUACAUAUAACGAUAUGAAAUUAAAAUUAGAUGAUACUGUAAGAAAGUUAGAAGGAGAGAUUACAGAAAAGAAGACAUUAAUUUCUACCCUAAGAAUAACUGAAACAAGAUUGGCUUCUUCAUCAUUUGAUUAUCAAAGAUCUAAGGGCCAAAUUAAAAACCUUAUUCAGAUUAUUAAGGACUCUAAUAUCGACGUUAAUCUAGAGAAGGAAUUAGACGAUAAUUCUAACGUAGAUAUCAGUUUUGAAAAACUUGUUCUUGAGGUUCAAUACUUAAGAAGACAACUUGAAGUUGAAAAGAAAGCACAUAGUGAUGCAGAGAAUGUUGCGUCUGCGCUUCAUAAUAAAUUUGGUAAGAUGCAAAGUGCUGGUUCAUCUUCAGAUCUUUAUAAGUUGAAAUACGAGGCAAGUGAAGAACAUGUUAAGAAUUUGGAAUAUAAGCUAAAGGAAAACGUUUUGCAUGAUAGAACUAAUUUAGCUGCAGGCGAUAUUUUCAAAAAUAGAAAAGGUAUUUCAAAGUAUGAAGAGGAGCUCCGUUAUCAAAAGUUAGAGAAUUAUAAGAUUCAAGAAUAUUUGAACGAUUCUGAAAAACAGAUUAAUAGUUUAUCUUUCGGAAUUAAACAAUUCAAAUCAAAGGAAACUUUAUUAAAUGAACAAAUCCAAAGAUUGGAACAAGAAUUAUCGAGUACUAUAAAACAAAAGGAGAUGAUAUCUAGUACCAUGAAACAACAAAAGCAGCAAUAUGAGGCCUGUCUAGAUGAUCUACAUGCCAAUGAAAUUCAAAUAAAGGAUUACACGCAUGCAUUAAAACAAGCUGAGGAUGAUGUUAAGAAUCUUGGUAACGUUUUAGAGAACUUGAAAUCUCAAAUCAAGCAGAAGGAGAAACAACUUUGGAAUACUGAGUCAGAAAGAAAUGACCUUGAUAUGAAAUUACAAGAGACAGUUCUGCAAUUGAAGAGAGAACAGGAUGUAAAUAAGAUGUUGAACUCAGAUCUCGAACAUAUGAAGGAACGUGUUAUCGCUAUGAAGGAUAACACACAUUAUUCUACGAAGAUAGAAUCUCUAAAUGAACAAAUUGAACAUGGUAUGAAAAACGAAACCGAAUUAAAGAAACAAAUUUCUACCUUGAAAUAUAAAUUGGAAAGUCUUGGGAAUGACGCUGAAGCUAAGAUUAAUGAUUUGAUCAAGCAAAAUAACCAUUAUACAAAUCUUGUUGAAGUCUUAAGUACUGAGAGAGAUGCUGCCAAUGCUGAAAGAAUGGAUCUUGACGAAAAAUACAAAGAAUUAAGCAAUUUGAAGGAUACUUUGGCUAAUAAGGUUCAAUUACUGAGCGACGAAAAGAUGCAACUAAUGAACCAAAUUGAACAAUUAAAUUCCAAUCUGAAUCAAACUGGAGUUGAUUUUAGUAAAUCAGUUCAAGAGAGAAAUAAGAUUAAUGGCAAUAUAGAAUACUUAGAAGAGACAUUAGCAUUACAAAAAGAACAAAAUGAAAGAAAUAUUGAAUUAGUGAAAAGUUUACAAAGUGAAGUUGAUGGUUACAAAGAGAAAUUCGACCAAGAGAAACAAAAGAAUAUUGAUCUUCAUGAAGAGAAUCAAACUCUAUCGAGACAAAAUCAACAAUUGAGUGCUUCCGUUCAAAGUUUAGAAGAACAGAUAUCUGAUACUACAGAUAAGGAUUCUUGGUUGGCUAAGAUACAUGAGUUAGAGACUCUUGUGUCGUCAGAGACUGAUUUAAAAUAUGAAGAGAUGAAGAAAAACAAAGCAUUAGACCGAGCAAUUCAAGAUUUGACGGAGCGUAAUGAAAGUCAAGUUGAAGUAAUCAAUGUGGCUAAUAAGGAUAGACAACAAUUUGAAAACAACGUUCAACAGUAUAACGACCAAAUCAAUAACUUAGAAAAAUUCAUUUCUGAACAGGAAGUUAAUUUGAAGAAAGCUGUUAGAGAUAACUCGUACUAUCAGGAUAGAGUUCUUGAAUUGGAAAAAGAGUUAACAUUCUGGAAAGAACGAGGCGAUGGUGGUGUCAGUAACAUUGGUCGUAAACAAGUAGAUUCUGACGUAAGAACAGAAGAAAUCAUGUCAUAA